AUCUGUUCUAAAAACGUAAAGUACAAGGUUGCCAACAAACAACGCAUACAAAGUAGCACGAUCAACUCACCACGUAGCUUAUUCUUAAUGUUUGUCCAUAGGCUGCCAGAGUGAGAACAGACAUUUUCGGAAUAAACGUGGGUACAGGGUCCUGGAGCAAAAUUGAGGCAAAUUAGGGUUAAGUGCCUUGCUCAAGGACACAUCGACAGAGUUUUCACCUUGACAGCUCAGGUGGACCUAAAAUGCCAGCAUAAUACAAGGUCCAGUUCAGCCAUAAGUACCAACCACACAUGUUGUGGUGCAAUAAUGUACUUCAUCCCGAAGAGGUCUAUUCAUACCCAACGAAGAGAAUCAAGAUCUCCAUAUGAAAGAAGGUUACCUCUUUCAUGGGUGUCUAAGGAAUAACGACAACCACAGUCUGACAGGUGCUGAAGAGGUGAAAUGUGUCAGCGGACACCAUUGAGAAAUUGACAAAGCUGUUUGAAAUAGGCCACUCUCAGCUCUAAAGAUGAUCAAAUAUGAGUUGCAAGUGGAUUAUGGAGACAACCAUGUGCAUGCCUCUGUGGACUGCUCCAUUUGCCCCACCUUCAAUUCUGCUACAAGUCAGUUGCUUGACACACUUCAACUGCUGAUACAUAUAGUGUAUUUACAUGCUAUCACCAGAAAUCUAUUGCUUUAGGUGUGUUCCUCAUUUGUCCAUUACAGAUUGUACCACAAGCUUUUCAAAGAAGCAUGGGUUGCGUCGUAUGUAGAGAAGAAGAUUGAUGAUUCUAACGAGAAUCUGGAUAACUGCAAUGAAGAAGAAUCUUCACCCGAAUGCUAUGUUUUCAUGUAACUGAAUAAAUGUUCCUCAAUAACUGAAUAAAUCCACAAUUACGCAACAUUAUCCCUGACAGGCAAUAUAGAAGACUAACAAUCUGGUUGUCUGAUGGUUGUAAUUCUCUCCUCCUACAAUAGACUGUGGCAACGCUUCUGAGGACACUGUUGAAAUCGAGUGUGCUCCCGUUUCUGUUGUAAACAGCUCAGGUACAUCUGGAAAACCAGCUGAGGGGGUGACGUUAGAGGAAGACUGGAUGGAGAUCUUUGAAGACCUCAAAAAGAAGAUGAGGGAGGAUCCUGAUGGAUGACUCUCCUGAGGUUAUAAACUUCUCAGCCCUGGAGCGUGAGUUGCAGUCUGCUGUUGAAGUGGACAAGAAAUAUCAAAGAGAAAAUGAUGCAAAGUUUCGGGCUCUACACCAGAAGGUCGGAACUUACGAGGAGUUUAGGGACAUAGUCCUGGCAUCCAACCUGAAACCACUGGACAGGAAGGAUAAAGCCGGAGCUCCCCGCAAACAGCCCUGGAAUGCUCUCGCCUCCACUGACAAAGGGCAGAACCAGACUAGCUGUGAUGAAAUAGGCCUAAAGCCUCCGUUGUCCGAGUUCCAGCCCAGGACAGCAUCAGAGUUCAGCCGGGACUGGCGCAGGUUUGGCAGUGAAAACCCAGAAGAUAAAUACAACCUCCUGCUCUCCCUAGGGGGAGAGGGCCUUCAGAACAUCUUCAGGGCUGAGGUGGGGUUCGGACUACUGGGGGAAUUUCUUGUGUUCCUUUCCAGUGGUCUCCAGCCUGGGGAUGAGGCCACGGUGAUAGGGGUGCUGGAGGGGCUGUCCAAGACCCCCAGGUUUGGCCUCAAUAUGUGCCUCCUGAGCCGAGCUGAGAGGGAGGCAUGUGGAGAGCUGUUUCAGAACCUGAGGAAAGCAUCAGCAGCAGGGAAUAGCAGUGUCAAAGGAUCCAAAGGGGAUGUCAUUGUCCAUGGAAGUAAUGUGGAAGAGGUUAAAGAGACACAAGAUGCUGAGCCAGAGACUCUGUUUCCAGGACAGACCAGUGAGGCUGCCGGAAGAAGCAGUGAUACUGAAACUUUAAAUGGUAUAAUGCAGUUGUAUGGGGUUCAAACGGUCUCUCCUCCUCAGUAAGAAACAUUACUCAAACCCAUAUUGGACUUGUUUUUUUUUCAGAAAUAACAAUGACUGUUACUAUACAUUGUAGAGCUUUAUGUGGUUGCAAAAACUUUAAUAUAAUUUGUUUGUUCUUUAUUCUGAAGUGUAUAAUAUGUAUAAGUUAUAUGAAAGACAAUGUUCACCACUAUGCAA